AUGCCUCCCAAGAAGCAAGUCAUCCCGGAGAAGGUCUACCUGGGUCGUCCUGGAAACAACCUGAAGAGUGGUAUCGUUGGUCUUGCCAACGUCGGCAAGUCGACACUCUUCCAGUCUAUCACUAAGUCCUCCCUGGGUAACCCGGCCAACUUCCCCUUCGCCACCAUCGACCCCGAGGAGGCCCGCGUUAUCGUACCCGAUGAGCGGUUCGACUGGCUCGUUGACCACUACAAGCCCAAGUCCCAGGUUCCCGCUAACUUGACCGUCUAUGAUAUUGCCGGUCUGACUCGCGGUGCUUCCACCGGUGCUGGUCUGGGUAACUCCUUCCUGUCGCACAUCCGUGCCGUCGAUGCUAUCUUCCAGGUUGUCCGCUGCUUCGAUGAUGCCGAGAUCAUCCACGUUGAGGGUGAUGUCGACCCUUGCCGUGAUUUGACCAUCAUCAACGAGGAACUGCGCAUUAAGGAUAUCGAGUUCGUCACCAAGGCUCUCGAGGCCUUGAAGAAGCAGACCCGUCGUGGCGGACAGUCCCUGGAGAUGAAGAAGCUCAAGGAAGAGGAGGCCACCACCGAGUUCAUUCUCAAGUUCCUUGAGGAUGGUCACGACAUCCGCAGCAAGACUGACUGGACCCCCAAGGAGGUCGAAGUCAUCAACCCUCUGCUCCUACUCACUGCCAAGCCUGUUGUGUACCUGGUCAACCUGAGCGAGAGAGAUUACAUCCGCCAGAAGAACAAGUACCUCCCCAAGGUCUUCGAAUGGAUCAAGGCCAACUCCCCUGGUGACCCGAUCCUGCCCAUCUCGGCCCAGUUCGAGGAGCGUCUCACCCUCAUGCACGACGAGGCCGCCGCUGCCGAGGAGUGCAAGAACUUGAGCACCCAGUCUGGUCUGCCCAAGGUCAUCACCACCAUGCGCAAGGUUCUUAACCUGGCCUCCUUCUUCACCACUGGUGAGGAUGAAGUUCGCCAAUGGACCAUCCGUAAGGGCAUCAAGGCCCCCGCCGCGGCCGGUGUCAUUCACACCGAUUUCGAGAAGACCUUCAUCCAGGCCGUUGCGUACAACUACAGUGUUCUGCGCGAGCUCGGUGAUGAAGGCUCCGUCAAGGCCGCUGGUAAGAUCAUGACCAAGGGUAAGGAUUACGUCGUCGAGGAUGGCGAUAUUCUCCUUAUCAAGGCCGGUGCUGCCAAGCACUAG